AUGUGCCACUUUCAGGUCUCCUCACACUGCUGGUGGGUUCCAUUUUGUCAUAGGGUGCUGGCAGAUUACGGGCCUCCCAUUGCUGCUGCCAGGCCCGUAAUCUGCCAUGGGCCCCUGUACCGCCUCCUCAUGCUGCUGCCAGGUCCAGAGUGUCUCAUGGGUCCCUGUACGGCCUCCCAUUGCUGCUGUCUCCAUCGCCACACUCUGCCAUGUGCCACUUUCAGGUCUCCUCACACUGCUGGUGGGUUCCAUUUUGUCAUAGGGUGCUGGCAGAUUACGGGCCUCCCAUUGCUGCUGCCAGGCCCGUAAUCUGCCAUGGGCCCCCGUACCGCC